AUGAAGGUCGUAAUUCUAGCACUGCUGUUAACCCUUGUGGGUUGCCAGCAACAAGAACAACAAAUCCCUGCUAAUGCUGACAGUUAUGAUUAUGAAUAUCAAAUUCUGAAUAGACUUCAAAAAGAAGGAUUUGCAAGUGCUGGAAUAAAAGUCAAAUGUAAGCUGGUCAUAGGCAAUAUUGGUCCAGAUCGCAAGAUUUUGUUGGCUCACUCAUUUGAAGGGUUUGACCACAAUGGCAUAUUUCCCAAGCAGCACUUCAUUCAGUGCCCCAGAUUGACAGAGAUCUAUAAGGCACAGAUCAAGGAUGCGAUCACAUUUAAAUACAAGAAUGGCCGUGUUACUGAUCUCAUGGCUCCAGAUCAAGUCUCAACAUUUGCCCUUAACUUCUACAAGGGAAUUUUGAAUUUACUAGACUACAACCUGAAGGCUAACCAGACAUACUAUGUUUCAAGAGAGAAUGGUACGGAAGGAGAGUGCAACACAACCUACAUUAUUCAAAAUAGUAGGAAGGCCAGCCCAAUCUUCAUGACCAAAUUCAAGGACUUGACCAAGUGUGAUAACAUGCCAUUAAAAGUUGUUGGUGCUUCGUAUGCUGUUCCAUGCGAAGAAUGCCCAAAGAAUAUUCAGGCCUCAGUUUUAACCAACUAUACAAUCAAUGGUGCACAAAAAAGAGAGAAUGAAAGGUUGAUUAUGCAGGCGGACAGUUGGGAAAUCCGGCAGUUUACACCUUUUAAUGCUUUAAAUGGAGGAAGUGUCAAAAUGGAAGCCAGGCAGAGUUUGAUAUAUAGAGAUUCACAAGCAGAUUUGCCACUAGUGCCUUCAAACUUGAAGAAAUGUGGGCCACUUCUGUACAAUAUAACCAAAGAAAACCCUCUGCUUCCUGUCAAGCUACCCAAAUCCAAGGACUAUGAGAGAGAGAUUAGGGAAGGAUUAGAAUACCUGGCAGAGCACACAGAUGAGAAGUUCCCAGAUAAUGGUGGAAUAAGAUUCCUGCAGCUUGUCCAACUUUUACGCACAGCAGAAGAAAAGAAUUAUUUUGACUCCUUCUUUCAACAGUACUCCAGCAAGCCAACAUAUAAGCGUCUUAUCAUGGAUCUAGCAGCUACUGUUGGUAACGCAGAUGCACUUAAAUUCAUAAGGCGUAAGAUGGAGAGGCAAGAAAUCAGCAGCAUUGAAGCAACACAGACCUUGCUCGUGUUCUUCCAUUUCUGCAAUGCAUCUCAAGAAGUAGUAGAAGAAGCUAUGAUCAUUGCAACCGAAGCUCUCAAAGGACCCAGUAGCCUCUACCGGACAUCGAUCCUCUUGGCCUAUUCGUCAUUACUUAACAGAUACUGCUCCGCCUCACUCACAUGCCCUGAAAAAUAUCUCAAGCUUCUGAUUGAUUUUGCAAAUAAAGCAGUGAGAGAAUCUGAUGUGGAAGGAAUAAUCCUGGUUCUGAAGUGCUUUGGAAACGUUGGACAGCCUGUUCUCUGGAAGCCUAUCCGGAAGUUCAUCUCAAAUGCUGCAUCUUCUCUUGAUACCAGGGUUCAGUAUAAUGCAUUACUGGCUCUAAGAAAUAUGGCCAAGAAAGAUCCUAGACGGGUCCAAGAAAUCCUCCUUCCAGUAGUCAUGGACCAUGCGCUCAACCCUACAGUGAGAGUGCAUGCUGCCAUGUGUCUCCUUGAAAGCAAUCCACCUCUUGGUAUAUUGAUGAAUUUGGCUGAAGCUAUGUUAAAAGAACCCAGCAAGCAGGUGCAAAAUUUCAUCUACACAACCCUGAAGGCAAUGGCUAGAUUCACAGGUCCUGAAUUCAGACGGAUAGCUUCUGACUGCAGACAGGCUUUCAGCAUCCUGGAAGGAAAAAUCAAACCUUCAGCUGGUCAUCGAUACAGUAGAACACUGGCCUUCCAGAUAUUCAGAGAAUCUCUUAUGGCUGGAGCGGCAGCUAAGUUAGUCUUUAUCCAUAAAGAAGGAAGCAUGAUCCCAACAUUUGCAAUGACCAGAUUCAGGGCAACUUUUCUGGGCUACACAGUUUUUCCUUUAGAGGUGGGCAUAGGAACACAAGGAUUACCUAAUCUCUUAGAAAAGAUUCACGAAGCUGCCAAAGGUGGCAGUUGGGAUCCUGAUACCAAGCAGCUUCAAGAUAUGCUCUCUGAUCAGAAGAUACCACAUGAUCCUCCUCUUGUAGGAGCAUAUCUGAAAAUAUUCGACCAAGAAAUCAUUCAUGGGCAAAUGAAGCUUGAUACAAUACAGGAAAUAUUCCAGAUCUACCAGGGGAAAACAGCUGUUUCCUCUGUCCAAGAAUUUAUGGAUGUCCUCAGAAAUCAUAAGGCUCUUCAGUGGGAAAAGAAUUUUAUGUCUGCAGAGGUCUAUCUCCUUGCACUUACGUGUACUGGACUCCCAUGGCAAAUCAGCUUGGCUCAUAUUUCUCACACAAAAUUGGCUGGAAGUGUUCAGUUGUCAAUGACACCAGAAUCAAAGUCACAGUUGACUUUGCCAGACUUGCUCAACGCUGAAAUUAAGCUACAAACCAAGGGGGAACUUAGCAUUCUGAAGGAUAUGUUGUUGACGGUGGGAGUCGUGACACCUGAAAUUCGAGCUGUGCUGGAAGCAAAUGCCAGACUGAAUGUAAACCUUCCUGUGGAGGUUGAUAUCAUUGUGAAUAUUAAGGAAAAGACCUUCCAUAUUGAACUUCCACCAUGUGAGAAGGAAACCGAUAUUGUUUCUCUAAGUUUUCACACAUCUGCUGUCACUUACAACAUUGAAGAGACACUUGCUAAGUCAACUCCUCUUCUUAUCCCUCAGUCAAUGUCUAAUAUAAUGAAGGAGGCUUUUGAUUCUAGACCACUAAAACAGGAUGAAAUAGAGGACACACUUAUAAAGUCAGCAGAAGCACAGUCACAACGCCACUCAGAUUCCGUUCAAACAACAAUGUGCUUUGAAACAUGUACCUUUGGAUGUGAGGCCUGUGUCAAGCGGUCAAAUGCAUAUUCUGGAUGCAUGCUAGGUGACUCCCUCUACAACAUCGUUGGUGAACACACUUUGAAACUAACCCUGAGGCAGAAUGAUCAAAAAGCACCAAUUGAGAAGUUACGAUUCACAUUUCAAGGAGGUGCUCAAGAGAGAGUAGUUUUGCUGAGAGAUGAAGAAAAGAAGUUGAGAAUAAAGCACAUUCAGGAAGCAGAAUUUGAGGAUGCCAGAUGGGGACAACUGAAGGAGGAAGACGAAGAGCAGGACCAUGACACUAGAAGUAGCGAAAGAAGCAGCAGUGAAAGUGACCGCAGCAGCAGCAGCAGCAGCAGUGAUAGCAGGAGGAGCUGGAAGCGUGACAAGAUUCGAUUGCACAUAAUGCAGAAAGGUUCUGGCCAAAACCAACAGCUGCAGAGACCAGACAUCAAAAAUGAUGAGAAACAACAAGAGAACAGGAACUCCUCCCAUACAGAAGACUCAAGCAGUUCAUCAUCUUCCUCUGAAUCAAGAGGCAGCUCUAGCAGCAGCAGCCAUUCCAGUAGUAGCAGCAGCAGCCGCCGCCACCACCACCAUUCCAGUAGCAGCAGCAGCAGCAGCAGCAGCAGCAGCAGCAGCAGCGAUUCAAGAUGGUCACAGGAGAUUCAAACCCAAGGACAGACAUUCCUGCCUUAUUUCACUAUUGUAGCUGAGGCACUUAGGACAGACAAGAAACUUCAGGGCUACAACUUCUCCAUGUACAUGAACCACGAUAUCUCCAAACUCCAUCUCAAAAUGAUUGCAACUGAGCUUGCCAGACCGAAGUGGAAAGCAUGUUUCGAAAGAAUUCUGACACCAUUCAAAGUCUGGAACAAGUUGAGCUGGGGCAAUAAAUGCCAGGACUACAAAAUUGAACUAAAGGCUGAACUAGGACAAGUUAUGAAACAUGCAGCUCUCCAGAUGAACCUGACGUGGUCAAAGCUCCCAGGCUUCAUAGUGAAACGUGCUUCUUGGUAUAUGGGCUUCCUUCAUGGUGUUGCCUAUGUUUCCGGCUUUUCAUCAGUUUAUGAGGAGAAUUCUUCCCAUAAGCUGACACUGAGAAUAAUUGCAACAUCUCCAUAUACACAUGCUGUGAUCUUUAAAGUUCCUGGGGAAACCUUUUACAAGGAUGCUUUCUGUGCUCCGUUUGUUUUACCAAACUUCACAGUCCCUUAUUAUGAGAAGUCACUGCCAAACACCUUGAACAUCCUAGAUUUAGCUUCUUGGAUAGCCCAAGGUGAUCAAGCGGUAUGUGAGGUGGGUGAAGACACAAUUGUAACAUUCGACGAUAAGGUGUUCAACACUACUCUCAGAAAUCAGGACUGUGACCUACUUGUUGUCCAAGACUGCAAUAAAAAAGCAAAUUAUCAUCCACAAUUCCGUUUAUGGACAAGAAAGUCUGAUGGACAUUCAAGAGAGAUUCUACUUAAUUUAACUAAUGUCUGGAUCAAAAUCUUACCUUCCUUGGACACACUUCUUGUAUUAUACAACGAACAAGCGGUGCUUGCAGAUACAUCGCUAUUUGUGGAUGUCAAAGCGAGCAUCAAGAUUUACCGAAACGAGACCACUGUUGUCAUUGAGGCUCCACAACAUGGACUAGCAAAUGUAACAUAUGAUGGCUCCCUGCUGAGGGUUACAGUCACUUCAAUGAUGAAAGGCAAUACCUGUGGACUUUGUGGAGACAACAAUGGAGAACAAAGAAAUGAACGUCAGAUGCCCAAUCGAAAACUGGCAUUAAGUGACAUGGAUUUUUUCAAAUCCUGGAGUUUAACAGGCAGCUGUGCUGCAGAAGCCAGAACCACUUUGUCUGAGUCUGAGAAAACGUUGGCAUCGUGACCCUGGGUGAUGACAGGCAGGACCUUUUGAGAAUUGCCCUGACAGCAACUAAACACAGAUGUAAAAGUCCUAUUUAAAUACGAAUGCAUUAAUUAAUGUUAAUAUGAAUUAAAUUAAAUCAAAUAUGCCAUGCACCUUAUGAAGUUCUCAAUAAAAUA